AUGGCGAGGCCAAAGUGUUCCUUGGUGGCGAAAAACUUUCCGUUAAGCUCCUCCUCCCGUACCACUCGUCUAUACUUGGAGGUGGAAGCACACAAUCACGAUGAUGAUCCUGAUACUCCCACAAAGGAUAACUUCUCCGUGACUGAUGUUGCCUUCCCAUUUACCUCUUUCACAGUCACACUCCUCCUCCCUUGCAUACCACGAAUUACUGAAAGCUCAAAAUAA